UCGUUCUCGCCCAGCUGCGCGUCCACGCCGUUGGCACACGCGGUCCUCGCCCAAUUACCGCAGGCAGGAGUCUGGCCUCAGCGCUUCGUUUCGCGGCCGGCGGUGAUGUCGGCGCUGGAGUGGUUCGCGCACAAGUCUCUGGGCGGAGGUAUCUACUGGAUCCAAGAGCGCUUCUACGAGUCGGGCAACCGCGCCAAUAUCUGGCUGGUGCGCGGCUCCCAGCGGGACGUGGUCAUCGACACGGGGCUGGGGCUGCGCAGCCUCCCCGACUACCUUCACCUGGCCGGGCUCUUGGAUCCCGAGCCGGCCCAGGGCGACCAGGAGGGAGCAGGUCGCGGCGAAGCAGGGAAGGAGCCCGCAAGCAGCGGGCGGCGGCGGCCGUUGCUAGCCAUCGCCACCCAUGUGCACUUCGACCACUCGGGCGGGCUGCACCAGUUCGAGGAGGUGGCUGUGCACAGCGCCGAGGCCGGAGCCCUGCGCCGCGGCGAUAACUACGAGACCGUCACUUGGCUCUGGGACAGCGAGGUGGUGAGGCCGCCGAGCCCCGGCUGGAGGGCCAGACAGUUCCGAGUGCGACCCGUCCAGCCGACUCACGUCUUGCAGGAGGGGGAUGUGAUCAGCCUUGGUGAUAGACAGCUCACUGUCAUGCACAUGCCUGGCCAUUCGAGAGGAAGCAUUUGUUUGCAUGACAGAGAACGGAAGAUUCUGUUCAGUGGGGAUGUUGUAUAUGAUGGCUCAAUGAUUGACUGGCUUCCCUACAGCCGAAUAAAUGACUACGUUACAACCUGCCAGCGACUGAUAGAAUUAGUCAAUAGGGGCCUUGUGGAGAAAGUCCUUCCAGGGCAUUUUAACACAUUUGGAGCUGAACGGCUGUACCGUUUGGCUUCCAACUAUAUUUCAAAUGCUGGGGUUUGUCACAAGAUUUCUACGUGUGCGAUGAGAUCGGUUGCAAGCCUAGCACUUCGCGCAACAAAUCCUAGAACAACUUCAUAGUCUUAACUUCACAGCCACGAAGAUGCUUAUUUUUAUCUAAUUAAUUUAUAUUUUAAAAAUGCCAAUAUAUGCUAGUAGCUGUGCCAAAGCUACUCAUCUUUUUUGUCUCUUUUCAAGGCAAGUUUGCACAUAUGUUGAAUGCUAUUUGACAGAUGUUCUAAAUAAUUUAUUUUGUAUUUUAAACCAUUUUGAAACAUGCACGCUAAAAUAAAAGUUUUGCACUUGUGUCAAACUUUCUGAUGCAGCUUCAGUUAGAGGUUUAUGUUGAAAGCAUAUUUUAAACGACUGAAAUUUAAAAGCAAGGGUUGUGGGAAGAAGGGGCUAUUAGAACAUUCCACUGUCAUGUUGAAUGCACUAAGUACCUAAGUAAUUUUUAUUGUAUGGGAUGAAUGUAAACUGAAGUUAAUACCAAAUGUUCAUAUCCAAUAUUGUUCUAUGUUAUUGUUGUUCUUGAAUUGUAUUGCAUUUAGGUAUUGGUUUAAAAAAAUGAAAUGCCAUUUAAUAUUUUAAGUAUAUUGCUUGCUUUUCAAAUAUGACUAAUGCUAUAAGUGUGAGUGUAUAACUAUUAAAAGUUCAGUCUGACAAUUUUUAAGUAAAACAUGCACCCAUAAUCCAAGGUUUUUAAUUCCUGUAGUACCACAGUUGCAGAAACCCUUCAGCAAGUGUGAGUUGCUGAUUGAACCACAGUUGUAAACAAAAUGGGCGUCCGCAGCAAGCAAAUUGAUAUUGGGUGGUAGGUUGUAUCAGGUGCCCUGGCCCUUUGCACAUUACAUGCGGGUCAGACUUCAGUUAAAAGUUUUCACCCAUCAUAUAUUAUUUUUCUCUUAUUAGUUUCUUUUCUUUCCUUCUUUCCACAAUUUGCAUUGUGCUAGUUUCUUGUAUGAAAACAGAGCUUGUGUCUUGCAUCAGAAUUUGAUUUGUUGGAAUUCAGUAAAAAUUAUAUUAAAAUUACCUUUCUUGCAAGAACAGUAACUUACUUGACUAUUGUGGCCAUCAUACUUUUUCCCUUUUUGAAUUCCAUUGCACAAUAUCUCCCCAACAUCAAAGCAACACUUUGAUGCUUGAUACCACAGUAUUCAGCACUUUGUAUCCUAUGAAAGUAUAGUUCUUAAAAUGUUAACAGUGCCUAUUUCCUGUUCUAAAACAGAUGAAUAAAUAGUGCAAAGUACAUCAUUUUGGCAAUUAAUACUGGAAUUACUGUCUAUACUAACAAAAACUAUUAAUUCAGUACCUUUGAAUAAUAGGAAAAAGGCAUCUAGCAGUAUAACCUCAGAUUAGCAAAUGCUGUUUGUAUGCUAUUAAAAAUUGUAUAGUCAUAACCGAGGAGCCACACAGUUGUGAUGAAAAGAUUAGGAGUGUGUUGCCAUAUUAUUGCACUCAUAUCCAUUCCCUUUUUGACCAGAUUUCUUCCUCUUGGGUUAAAUACAGUUAAGCACAGUGUCAGCUACAGUAUUAAGCACAAUCAAGGUUAAUCUGAUUCCUGCUUAAUCAAGAUUUUCAACCAUCUUGGAAUCCAUGUGAGUUUGUAGUGCCUUGUUUAUUUCUGCUACAGAAUGACUUUUUGGUCUGGACCAUUACGAAAUUAUUUUGUUCUGAAAUAUUGCUGAGGCAUUAAUAACAAUUUUAUCCAUAGGUAAAAGAAACUGCUUAUUUUCACUUUCUAUUCCCUCCUCUCCCUUUGCCGAUGUCUUGAAAGUCGUUUUACCAAAGUGUUGAUACUUUGAUUUCUCACUAUGAGAGUAAUUCAGUGUAAGGAAUCCUACAGGUGUCAAAGUCUUGUGGUGAAGGACUGAUCUGAAGCUUUUCUGUUGGUUUAGUAAGUUACCAAGCAAUCAGCUACUUAUACAACUUGCUGAUUUUAAAGAAAAUCUGUCUUGUUUCAAUCCGAUUAGGUCACAAAGUAAGCUUACCUACUGAAGCCAAUAAAUAAUUAUGGUUAUUGGGAAAUAUAUUCAGAUGGGAAGGACCUUCCUUACUGAAAUAUAAAUACUACUCAAUUCAGUGAGAUUUUAUUCUAGUAAGUGAACAGUGGAUUGUAGCUUUAUUCAAGUUUCAACCUAGAAGUGGAUCACAAUUCAACUUUUGAUUAUUAUUGGUUAGUAAAAUACUACCCCUGAGAGAGAAUGCUAUAGAAUCUUUAUUGUUUUAAAUAUUUUUAUAUUAUAAAGUUUAUUUCUGAAAGAAAACAUUUUUUAAAAAAUGAUACUGAUCAUACAUUUACUAUACUUUUUUUUGUAAAAAAGUUUGGAACCACUAAGGGAUUCUGUAUUUGUCUGUUUUUCACAGUUUAAAAACCCAAUAACCUAGUUAAAAUAAAAUUAUUUGGAUUUCAGCCAUGUUGAUAUGUUAUCACUUUAAGAGGUAUUAUUUAACUGGGUCAUGAAUACUGCUGUAAUAUAUGGUUUAAAAGAAUUUUUAAAAGUUGUAAUGCACCAUACUAAUAAAACUUUACUAAUGGCAUUGGUUUCAAGAAAACAAUUAUAUAAUUUAUCAUUGAUAUUGAUAAUAAAAUAAUAA